GGUCAACCCGGUCCAAGAUCCAAUAAAACUAAUGGUUCCAGCUUUAUCCAAAAAGUUUUUUUCAUUUGCCUAAUCUUGAAAAAAUGGCAGCAAUGGCAGCUCUUCAAAGCUCAUUUACUUCACUUUCCAUCUCUUCCAACUCAUUUUUGGGACAACCCUUUUCUCCUCUUCCUCUCUAUCCACCUCUGGUCAAAUCAACACAAAGUCCAAGGCCCAUUGUAGCCAAGCUCAAGCGAUGGGAGCGGAAAAAGUGUAAGCCAAACAGCCUUCCCGUGCUGCACAAAAUGCACGUGAAAUUGGGAGAUACAGUAAAAGUGAUAUCUGGUCAUGACAAAGGUAAGAUCGGAGAGAUCACCGAUAUUAUGAAGCACAGCAGCAAAGUCGUCGUAAGCGAGAUAAACUUGAAAACCAAACAUGUGAAGAGUAGGAGCGAGGAUGAACCCGGCCAAAUAAUCAAGAUUGAAGCUCCUAUUCACAGCUCGAACGUGAUGUUGUACUCGAAGGAGCAGAAGGUGACUAGUCGGGUAGGUCACAAAACACUCGACAACGGUAAGAGGGUCCGGUACCUCAUCAAGACGGGGGAAAUUAUCGAUAGCGCGGAGAACUGGAAGAAAGCUGUCAAAGAGAAGGAGAAAACAAAAGAAGCAGUGGCUGCUGCUGCUUCUUAGAAAGCUAGCUUGUGAAUUCUAGUUAUUGUAUUUUCAGCUGUUCAAAGACAGAAGGGCAAUGGUACACUUAUAACAAAUUUUUUAUUUGUCACCGGAAGGUCACAGAAGGUAAGGUUGUGUACAAUACAUCCUUGUGGUGGGGCCCUUCCCUGGACCCUGCUCAUAGCGGGAGCUUUAGUGCA